AUGAGGCGCGCUCUUCAACUCGCCGUGUCGGGCAGCUUGGCCUCGGCAGCUAUUCUGCAAGAUGCGUCGCAGUUGAAGGACUCUUACGACUUCAUCAUUGUUGGAGGUGGACCUGGUGGUGCCACGACCGCAAACAGGCUCACAGAGAGCGCGGGAGUGAACGUGCUUUUGCUCGAAGCCGGUGGCGCCAAUGAUGGAGUACUCAACAUCGACGUACCGCAGCUCUGCGUCACCCUCACACCGAGCACCCCAUGGGACUGGAACUAUACCACAACCCCACAGACGAACUUGGGCGGCCGUGUAGUCCCCUUUCCGCGAGGCAUCGGACUUGGAGGAACCAGCGCCGUCAAUUGCCUGGUAUACACUCGCGGGACCAAAUCCGACAUCGAUACUUGGGCCGCGCUGAGCGGCGAUGAGAGCUGGGGUUGGGAUGGCAUGUUGGACUCGUUCAAGAAGAGUGAGAAGUUCAACCUGCCAGUCGAUGGUCACGACGUUUCUGGCCAGUACAUCCCCGAAGUCCACGGCUUCGAUGGCGUGAUCGGGGUCAGCGUACCAGGAGCUGCGCGUGCAACGGACGAGCGUGUCAUCGCUGUAACGCAGGAGCUCGACGAGUUCCCCUUCCAGCAAGACAUGAACUCCGGCGAGCACUUGGGAGUAGGUUGGACGCAGGCGCUCAUUGACCGUGGCGUCCGGUCGAGCGCAAAGGCAUAUCUUGCGGAAAACUACUUAGCUCGCUCGAACCUCGAUGUCCUGCUGAAUGCACACGUCGCGCGCGUCGUCCAGACGAAUGACUCUGACGCACUCACCCUACGCACCGUUGAGUUCCAGCUCAACGGCACCACGACCAACUUGUCUGCCAGCAAGGAGGUCAUCCUAUCAGCUGGUGCUGUCGGUACCCCUGUCAUCCUGAUGCACUCGGGUAUCGGCGACUCGGCAGUCCUUGGCCCGCUUGGUAUCGACGUUCUUCUCGACAACCCUUCGGUCGGCGCAAACCUCACAGACCACAUCGGUUGCAGUAUCACAUAUGUGACCAACUCUACCAAGACGCUCGACCCUCUCUGGAGGAAUGAGACGUACUAUAACGAGCUGCUCGCCGAGUGGGAAUUGAACAAGACCGGCAUUCUCGUUGACACAUCUGAGAACCAGGUCGCUUGGUUGCGUCUGGCCGGGGACGAUCCGAUCUGGGAGAACGCAACGGACCCCGCCAGUGGCCCUACGACUGCGCACUUUGAGUUCCUCUUCCAGAACGGCGUGUAUCCGACUCAUGACACGGGCAACUACUUCAACCUUCCCGUCGGCUGCGUCUCGCCCUCAUCGCGCGGUUCCGUCAGCAUCAACUCUUCUGAUCCAUUCGCGGACCCUCUCAUCGACCCUAAUUUGCUCUCCAAUGGCCUUGAUCUCUACAUCGUGCGCCAAGGUAUCAAGGCCGGCAUGCGCUACCUGAGUGCACCAGCCUUCGACGACUACUUUAUCGGCACGCUGCAGAACUUCACCAGCGACGACGACAUCGACGCUUAUGUCCGUCAGAACGCUGUCAGCUUCUUCCAUCCUGUUGCUACGGCUGCCAUGAGCCCUGCAAAUGCGUCUUGGGGCGUGGUUGACCCGCAGCUGCUGGUUAAGGGCGUGCAGGGCCUUCGCAUCGUUGACGCAAGCGUCAUUCCGCGUCUCCCGGCGGCCCACACGUCUGCUGCCACUUACGGCGUCGCCGAGAAGGCAGCGGACAUCAUCAAGGCGGCCUAUCCUGAUCUGUUCGCAUAG